CAGAGAUACAGCAACAAUGGAGUCCGUCGAGCUGCAGACGCCGACGCACGUGCAGGAGCUGCCCGAGUCCGAGCAGCAGCAGACGCAGCAGCAGGCCCAGGCGUUGACGGAGGCGCAGGCCGCGCAGAUUGCGCUGUACCAGAACCAGCAGCUCCAGUUCCUCCAGCAACUUCAACAGCAGCAGCCGAACAACGAGCAGCUCCGCCAGUUGUACAACAGCCAAAUGAUGAUGAUGCCACAGUUCCUGGGAGCGUCGACCCCCGCGGUGGCGGACGCCGUCGAGGAGGAACCCGUCUACGUGAACGCCAAGCAGUACCACCGCAUCAUGGUGCGGCGGCAGCAGCGCGCCAAGCUCGAGGCCAAACUGGGAAACCUUCGCCAGCGCAAGGCGUACCUGCACCAGUCGCGACACAAGCACGCAAUGCGGCGUCCGCGUGGACCCGGUGGCCGUUUCCUGACGCGCGCCGAGAUUGCCAUGCUGAAGGAGGGCACGCUGCGUCUGGAAGACCUGCCCGCCAAGGCUGAAAAGUAGAGCUGAUGCGCGUAGGGCGCGCAAUAAUCCGUAACCGGCCAUAUCUCGCUCCCGUUCCCGAGGCUUGUAUGUAGUAUAGUGUUUUCCAUUCACCUUAACGUUUUCAGCGUCUCCUCUUUCGGUUGUUGCCAAGCCUUACAACUUACUACCGUG